AUGGCUAUUACCCUGCAGCCCAGUGACCUGAUCUUUGAGUUUGCAAGCAACGGGAUGGAUGAUAUUCACCAGCUGGAAGACCCCUCGGUGUUCCCAGCUGUGAUCGUGGAACAGGUACCCUACCCUGAAUUACUGCAUCUGUACUCAGGACUGGAACUGGACGACGUUCACAAUGGUAUCAUAACAGACGGGACGUUGUGCAUGGCACAGGAUCAGAUCCUGGAGGGCAGUAUUUUGCUGGCAGAUGACAAUGAAGCAACCUCACAAACCAUGUCAACCACUGAAGUCUUACUCAACGUCGAGUCUCCCAAUGACAUCCUGGAUGAGAAGCAGAUCUUCAGCACCUCCGAAAUGCUUCCCGACUCAGACCCUGCUCCAGCUGCCACUCUGCCCAACUACCUGUUUCCUGUCUCUGAGCCUGAUGCCCUGAAUGGGGCAGGUGACACUGAUGACCAGGAGGGACACUGUCUGGAGGAGAAGGUCCCCAGAGAGGAAAGUGCCAAGAAGACUGGAAAAUCAAAGAAGAGAAUCCGGAAGACCAAGGGCAACCGCAGUACCUCACCAGUCACUGACCCCAGCAUCCCCAUUCGGAAGAAAUCUAAGGAUGGCAAAGGCAGCACUAUCUAUCUGUGGGAGUUCCUCCUCGCACUGCUGCAAGACAGGAACACCUGCCCCAAGUACAUCAAGUGGACCCAGCGAGAGAAAGGCAUCUUCAAGCUGGUGGACUCCAAAGCCGUGUCCAAGCUGUGGGGGAAGCAGAAAAAUAAGCCCGACAUGAACUAUGAGACAAUGGGGCGGGCGCUAAGAUACUACUACCAAAGAGGCAUCCUUGCCAAAGUGGAAGGGCAGAGGCUGGUGUACCAGUUUAAGGAGAUGCCCAAGGACCUGGUGGUGAUCGAAGAUGAGGAUGAGAGAAGUGAAGUCACGGCGGCCUCCCCUCGGGCCUCCACUCCCUGCACCUCCUCCGCCAGCACCACCAGGCGAGCCAGCUCCAGGGUCUCGGCCAGAGCUGCUCCCCAGGGCAAGGCAGGCCCUUCCUGGGAAAAGCCAAAGGUUCAGAGCGUUGGCUUACAGCCGUCUGCAAAUCUGGAAGUGGGACUGUGUGCAGAUGAGGAGAUCCCCACUACCUCCGCCGUGCUCAUCCCUCCCCCGGAGAGCCAGGCCAAAUUCCCCAAAGCCAUGAGUACUUCUUCAGUGCCCAGCAACAUCCACCUAGGAGUGGCCCCUGUGGGGUCAGGCUCGGCCCUGACCCUGCAGACAAUCCCACUGACCACAGUGCUGACCAACGGGCCUCCUGCCAGUACUACUGCUUCAACCCAGCUUGUUCUCCAGAGUGUUCCGCCUGCUUCGACCUUCAAGGACACCUUCACUUUGCAGGCUUCCUUCCCCCUGAACACCAGUUUCCAAGAAAGUCAGGUGGCAGCACCAGGGGCUCCGCUGAUUCUUAGUGGUCUCCCACAACUUCUGGCUGGGGCCAACCGUCCGACCAAUCCAGCGCCAUCCUCCGUCACAGGGGCUGGAGCAGCAGGGCCCAGCUCUCAGGCCCCUGGGACUGUCAUCGCUGCCUUCAUCAGGACUUCGGGUGCCACAGCAGCCCCUGGGGUCAAGGAGGGGCCACUGAGGCCCUCCUCAUAUGUGCAGGGCAUGGUGACUGGGGCCCCCAUGGAGGGGCUGCUGGUUCCUGAAGAGACCCUGAGGGAGCUCCUGAGGGAUCGGGCUCACCUUCAGCCACUUCCAACCCAGGUGGUUUCAAGGGGUUCCCUUCCGGGGAACCAGACUUUCUCUUCUCCCAGCUGCCCCACUGUUGGGCUGACCCCAGUGGCUGAACUUGAGCUCUCCUCAGGCUCAGGGUCCCUGUUUAUGGCUGAGCCUAAUGUGACCACAUCUGGGAGCCUGCUUGCCAGAUCCCCAGCCCCAGCCCCCUUCUCCCCAUUCAAUCCCACUUCGCUUAUAAAGAUGGAGCCCCAUGACAUAUAA